GGCUGCAUGAACUUUAGUUACCUCCCACUUUUACACUUGCUACUGUAGCUGAAUAGAUGCAGGCUGAGUUGUCACGGGAGAAGCCCAACUAUCUGUUUCUGGCAUCGCCAUGGGAAGAAGAAGUCUGCUGCUGUGUGGGUAUUUGCUCGUCUGCGUCAUUUACCAAGAGGCAUCUGGCUUGACGGUUCAGAACAAGCUGCUGGGUAAAUGUCUGCAGGUCCAGGGAGGAGCUUCAGGAGGCCGAGUAUCUCUGGGUGAUUGCAGCCCACAUUCGGCCUUACAAGACUGGCGUUGGCUCCCAGAGAGCCAAGCUCUCAGCAAUCACCACACUGGGGAGUGUCUGACUGCACCAGGAGAGCAGUAUGAAGGUGUCCACCUGCAGCCCUGCAUCUUCAGCGGGGCUGAAAGUGACGAGACUGGUGUGGCAGCGGUGGGUAUAAGCAGAGAGGCAAGCAGAGAGGCAAGCAGCCAGGCGUGGUCCUGUUCCAGGAAAGGCCACUUAAGUUUGAUAGGGAGGGGGCUGCACCUUAGUGCCGCACAAGAAUCCACUUUGGUCUUCCUUUCGAGGGAACACAAGCAGCCUGGCAGCAGAUGGCGAGCACUUGACAACCAGACGCUGUGCAGUGGGAGAGACAACCAACACCAAUCUCACCACAAUCUGGGGAAAUCUAUGGUUUUUCCAAGUGCCAUUUCUGAUAUACACAGACAGGCUGAACCAUUUGAAGGUAUAAUGGCAGCCGAGGUCACAGAAGCGUAUCCUGUAAUGGAUGUGCCUCUUCCGUCCCCAAGCACCAAAUCCCCUGCAGAUCCCACCAUGAUUUUCUUCAGUAUGGACUAUGGGAUGGGCUGGAAGAUAACCAUGCUGGUGCUAAGCUCUUUGGCUCUGGUCCUGGGGACUGUAAUUCUUAUCCUCAAUGUUUACUCCAACAGAAGGAAGAAGGUGGUGUGUGUUUUGAAGUCGUACACUCCGAGGCCAGAGGCGAGUGUUCCUGGGUCCCCGGUGCCCAGUGAAAGAGCCCCUCUGACAGAGAACGCCAUGCGCCUCCCACUCUCCACCCCCACUUUACAACGAGGAGAAAUCCUGAUUGAGUGGAAGGAUGGCACUGUUACUCCACUGUACGAGGCCUGAAGGUUGUACUGUUCAUGUAUGUUUGGACAUGUUUGUUUUUUUGUGCAAGGUGAUUUAUGUUAUCUUCUGAAUGGCGUCUGAAGGGGAGAAAGAAAUGGGAAAAACAAAAGGUGAAAUAAGGUUCAGUUUUUUGUUGACUGUUUCAGGCUUUUGGCGUCAAAAUGAUACUAAGCAAGCUGUUAGUGUACUCUAGGCUAUUUCAUAAAGUGGAGAGUUCAUGGAUCAGUAUCAGAGCGUUUCUGCCGCUACCACGGGAACAAAAAAAAGCUCUUGUGAAGCUGCAACAAUAGAAAAAGUUGAGUAUUAGCUGACUGGCCAUAAGUUUUCAAAAAUACUUGUCCUGGCUUUUGAUGUUUGAGAGUUAAGGGGUUGCUUUUUGGAUGAAAGGACUCAGCAAAGUAAACGAUGGCUUAGGCCUUUAGUUGGAUGCAUACUUAGAAAACUAAUCUUUGUUUGCCUAGGCCUAAACUAUAUAAAGAUCUAAUAAUAUAGCCUCAGUUUGAUGUUGGGCAUGGUUGUGCUGUGGGAUCAGCUCAGGUGUCCCUAUACAUAUUUGCUUGAUUUUGAAGAAUUGAAAAGGUGCAAUUUGUGACACAGUGCUUACGUCAUUUAAUAUUGUGCCUAACAGCAUAUCAAGACACACUUUGCCUCCUGAGACUCACAGACUUAAUAUUACUUAUUGAUAGGCUAUUUUAGGAAAAUAUCAUUACAGUUGUGUUGCAACUUUGUUGUGUUGUGUUGCAAGAAACACUGUUUGAUUGGAAGUUGUUUUCAGAACAUAAUUCAGUAUUACUUAGCAAGUACUCUCAUAACUAUAUAGAGUGGUUAAGAUGUUUCAGAAGAAAAUACUAACCAAGUUUAUAUAGAUGUCAGUAGUCUGACACAGUAUGAUUCAGAACUGUAAUGCACUUUGCUUUGAUACUGACGUUACAUAAACUUGUAUUAAUUUACAUUGUUAAUACUUAUAACAUUGACUUGACCUUGACCGUUCAUUCUCGACCUUUGGGAACAGCAGUUGACGAAAUAAUCCCCACUCAAGGUCCACUUGAGCUUUUAACCUUACCACACAUUCUCUAUCAGCAGAUGAAGUUUGCUCAGUUGUCAUGGAGCUGUAGAUGUUUGAACUUUCCAUUAUUCUGAGCGGUUUCGGGACCGCUCAUCCUUAAAAGUUCACAGAUGAAGAAUCUCAAGAACCAGCUUUUGAGUGGAAAUUGUUUUGUCAACUAUCAUUGCCUUUUUGCAUUUGUAUGUGGCAACGUGGUAGAACACUAAUUUGUUGUAAAUGUGUUAGUUUUUUUAACUAAAAAAGUAUUUUAAUACUGUGAACGAGCUAAUAAAAUGUGAUGUAUACAGUUUA